GAGAAUAGGUAUGGCUCAAGGCUGAAUGGGACUCUCCAUCUCAAGCCAGUGAGAAAACUACUAUGUACGAGUGCGGGAUGUCGCUUGCCUAGACUGGGACGAUGGACCCUCUGAUUGCCACUGUUGUUCGGGGUAUGCUGGAUAGGGCGGGUGAUUAUACUGUACCAAUCCCGCCCGAGGUCCUCGCUCCUAAUAAGAGGGCGUGGAUGCCCUACACCCGCGCUCGCGUUGUGCCUUUCUCUCUUUUCGUAGAUGACCGUCGUUCUCUGUAAUAUUCUGUGGUCGAGUAGAAUUCCGAUACAUUCGACCUAGGAGCCCUAGACGUCCAGUUCCUAUAGUCAGGUCGCCUCCAGUAUACCGAAAUGGCGAGUCUCCUAUCCAUUGCGGCAUUAGUCACCGCCGUUCAGGCCUUGGCUCUCGAUGGAAACAACCCUGAGCCAACUCAGGCAUCCGAGCCGAAUCCAACCUUCCAGUCUCCCAAGAUCACCCUGCCCCCUAGUAUUCAGGAAUUAGCCAAGAGACAGAACGGACAAACCGUCCUUAUAGGACCUGACAACACGUGCGGAUACGUUGAUGGACGGCCGGGCGCUGCAUAUACUUGUAACGGCAAAGAUGUAACCUGUGCCCUAGUUACUACGUCUACGUACGGCGCUGUCGCCUGUUGUGAUGGUGAUGGUUGUGGUCUUCGAGUUGCGUGUAUCGAUUAUAGGGAUUUCUUGUACUCGAGCGCGUGUGAUAAUGGCUGUAUCCAAGAUACCUACACUGUCAAGUGCACGAGAAGCACCGCUCCGUAUUGUGGCACCGUCACGUUCUCUAGCGGCAUCAUCGACUAUUACUGUGACACCCUGUCAGACUCGAUACCGCAACAACUCUACACUACGUGGCACGGUGAAACAGAUGGCCGGACUUUCACUCCCGUUGUCGUCACAUUAGACGAGUCGGUCGCAACAUCCCCCUUACCCUCCGCGACUCAGACCAGCGGUGACGACGAUAAUGAUAACGAUAGUAGCACGUCAAGUGCCGGCUCUGCAGAUGCGACUGCAUCAGCGGAUAGCGACGGGGAUUCUUCAAGCUCAAACUCAAACUCUUCGAAUUCUUCAACAAACGUAGGAGCUAUUGCCGGUGGUGUCGUAGGAGGAGUUGCCGGGCUUGCCUUGAUCGGGCUCGGAAUCUUCUUUCUCAUCCGUCACAAUAAUAAGAAGAAGCGCGAUAUUACCGCCCAGCCGCCCGCCGCCCAAAUGCAACAAGGCGGCGGACCCGGUAUGCCACCAACACAACCGGUACCAGGCGCCGCUGGCUACCAACAACCUUACAGCCCGCACUACAGCCAGCAGUACCCACCUCCGCCUCCCGGGUACCCUCAACAGCCAUACUACGCCGACCAGAACAAGCCCGCUGGAUUUACCUCCGUCGCACCCGGCCAACUUCCCGACCGGAACGGCUCGACCAGCCCGACUAACUCCCAGUUCACGGACAACAGGCAAAGCAGCCUGCAACAACAGCCUACGAGCCCGACUUCGACCGUCAACUCGGGCUGGCAGCCGAACCAGCAGCCCUACCCGGGCCAGCAACAACCCUCUCCCGUCCCCAACGUCCCGCCUACCGUGCACGAGGCCGGCGGAAACGUCGUCGGCGAACGGAAUUAUAACGAUAAUCACCACGGUCAACUGCAUGAGUUAGGCAACUAAGGGGGUUGUGUUGUGUUGUAUGAAGGGGGAUGGGGAAGAUGGUUUGG